AUGUCGAUUUUUCUUAUAAACCUGGCUCGCAAGCUGACUGUUCGCAACCGUUAUGUUGUCGGUAUGGGGAGCCAGCUCCAGGGCAUGGGUGAUGUGCGUAAUUGCGAUCUUCCAUAUUGGACAGCCGAAGUUAUGCUGAAAUAUGCUUCCGAAUUGGAAAAAGUCGAUUUUGUUUAUUAUACCGGUGAUCUACCGCCUCAUAAUGUUUGGAAUCAAUCUCAAGAACAACAACUUUAUUCACUCAAAACAAUCAAUCAGUUACUAGCAGAAACAUUUCCAAAUGUAACAUUCUACUCUGCAGUCGGUAACCAUGAAGCCGCUCCGUGCAAUUUGUUUCCAACGCCUAAUAUUCAGUCAAGUAAUAUUUCAUGGUUAUAUCAUGCAUUAGCUGACAGUUGGAUUAAUCUUGGAUUACCCGACGAUACACGUGAAACAAUCGAGCGUGGUGCUUUUUACACAACAGUCGUCCGACCUGGUUUAAGAGUGAUUUCAUUGAAUAUGAAUUAUUGCUCAGCAGAGAAUUUCUGGUUGUUUAUCAAUUCAACCGACCCGUUGGAACAACUUCAAUGGAUGAUCAAUUGGUUACAAUACGCAGAAGAUCAUGGAGAAAAAGUGCAUAUUAUUGGACAUAUACCUCCAAAAGCAUGUCUAGCAUCAUUCAGUUGGAAUUUUCACAAAAUUGUCAACCGCUAUGAAAAUACGAUUUCUGGUCAAUUCUAUGGUCAUACACACAAUGAUGAGUUCUUUAUCAAUUACGAUGAACUUGAUCCCAAACGACCUGUUUCAAUGGGAUAUAUAACACCAUCGUUAACCACUUUUUCAAAUCUCAAUCCCGGUUAUCGUGUAUAUAAAAUCGAUGGUUACUAUCCUGACAGUUCCUAUUGGGUACUUGACCAUCGCACUGUAAUUAUGAAUUUAACAGCAACAAACCUUUACAAUCGAACGAUUUUCGUUGAUGAAUAUGAUGCUCGUUAUGCGUAUCAAAUGGAUAAUUUAUUUCCAGAUGAUUGGCAUAAUUUUGUUCAACGUCUCGAAAUCGAUAUGGAUGGACCAUUAAUGAGUUUGGUCUAUCAGUACUAUACGAAAUCCUAUGCAAAUGGCACACAGUGUGAUCACAACUGCCGUCGAGGACUUCUAUGUGAUUUUGUUACAUCUCGUGCAGAAGAUCCGCAUCCGUGUGAUGCAAUUCCGAAUUAA